AUGUGGGAGGAUUACGGGGGUUACGCUUCAGAGAUAGAUAGAUACCUCCGAGAUGUGGAGACGGAGGAGAGGAGAAUGCCGCGAGCGGACUAUUUAAAGACGGUUCAAACGGAGGUGACAGCUUCUAUGCGGGCGAUUCUGGUGAACUGGUUGGUGAAUUUGGCAAAUGAGUUACAGUUUGCACCGGAUACUCUUUACCGCGCCAUAUCGUACAUUGAUAGAUUCCUAUCCUUCCGUUCUAUCGCUACGAAGCAGCUGCAGCUUCUUGCUGUGUCUUCGAUGCUCAUCGCCUCAAAAUAUGAAGAGAUAAGACAUGCUACUGCCUCGCAGUUCUCCUACUAUACUGAUUGGGCUUACUCGACACGAGAAGUGGUGAAUAUGGAGGGAGACAUACUAAAAAUUCUCCAAUAUGAAAUCGGGAAUCCGACAGCGAAAACUUUCCUCAGGCAGUUCAUGAUGGUCGCUCGAGAGGAUGUCGAGUACUCAAAGCUACUGUUGGAGUUUCUUGCGAAUUACCUUGCUGAGUUAACCUUACUCGACUACGGUUGCAUUGGCUUCUUACCAUCAAUUGUCGCUGCUUCAGCCGUUUUCCUCGCGAGGUUCACCAUUAAGCCAAAAAGACAUCCCUGGAGCAAACAGUUGGCGAAGUAUACGGAGUAUGCGGCGCCUGAUUUAAAGGACUGCGUCACAGCUGUACAUUAUUUGCAGUUGAAUAAUGGAUUUUCGUUAGCGAACAUCCCAGAAAAGUACAAGGAUCACACUUUUGACAUCUCCUGA